GUCACGCUAUGAGGUCGGCCGAUACCAGACGCGUUCCGUGUCUUAGAUUCGUGCGGUACGCAAUUCGUUGAUUCCUGUAAAAGGUUUAUCCUACAAGGUGCAGUCGAGUAAAACUGCAUCAGGUGCAACAAUGCGAUGGGCGAGACCAAGAAAAAGGAUCAGCCCACCAAAAGACGACGGCAGCUCUGCGGGUUGGGCAAGUCUUCCUCCGACUCUGAGAUAGCGCGAGGCAAGGGCAAAGAGCGAUGGCCAUUCCCACAGAGUCUGACGGUGGACGAGCUCGCUCGUUAUCGCCGAAGACGGGUCCAGGGUCGGCCCAAAGACAGCCUCUGCAGGGCGGAAGGCUCCCUCGGGAAUCUCAUCACCGAGUAUCGCAGGGCGUUCCGUGCUAGUAGCGAGGACAUCUGGAAGGAGCGUGCCGCCGCGGGAUUUGUUCCUGAUUCACUCAACCAUCACGAUGAUCCGAGUCUCCUGACGGAACGAGCGAUAAUCAAGGCGGAAGAAAGGAGCAAGGAACCGGCGUGCAAUCCGGAGGUUGCUGACGCUCAAGAAGUUAUGGAAAUGAAAACUGAAAGUUCGCGAUUUGUACCUCAUUUGAACGCUCCAGGUCGGCCACCGCUCUUACGGAGGGGCACUAGUCUGAAACACGAGGGAAAAUUCAUCGCCGACACGGAACAGUCGUGCUACGUUGCCCACGAGGGUGUUCACCGCGCGGAAUUGGCGCGGCGACCGACGUCCCUGAGGAUGGAAGGUGACAUGAGCAUGAUGUCGGAGAAUUGCGAGAAAUUCAUCGAAUGGCUCAACGUGAGUCGCCCGGAACUGGCCAGACUUCCGACUCAUCUCAGGCUGGAGGGUGACUUCGAAACUUCGACCGAAAACCACGAGAAAUACGUGCCGUUCGUCGGUGCGAGAAGACCGGAAAUACUCAGGCAGAGCGCAAACUUGAAAAUGGAGGGAGAGUCUCGCCACAUUCCGGAAUACAAGGACGUAUUUAGGAAUCACAAUCUGAGCGGGAAACGUUCUUUGAAGAAACCGGAAACGCAUCUGACGACCGAGGGUAAUUUUUACAAUACGACCGAGACGUCGGAACAAUUCGUCAACCCGCGAUCAGUCGGCGAGGCGAAUUUGGACGGCGAAGAAAACCGAAAGCUAGACACGGAUGACGAAGAUGACGUGGAGGAUUUGACCAAUACGGACAAGAUUGAACGCCUUGCCGCGGAUAUGAACGAACCGAAAGGACCGCCUCUCGAGAUUCCGGAGUACAGGGAUGCCUUCAAGGAUUUCCCAAGAGAGCGUCCGAGGCUGAUGAAGCCUGACGACGAGAUCGGUAGAUCGGACGGUUCUAAGAUAUCGUCGUCGUCACCGACGCGUGCGAAAUUCAGCACGAAAAUCGACAUGGACCCCGAGUACAAGUCCAAGUAUUUAGACUACUCCAAGGACUCGCCGGUUUACCGGAAACCGCCGUUAGCGUUGCGGCCCUCGGGUAGAAACAGCGGUCUGAUCGACAGCGUUGAGAGAACAGCGCGGAAUUUGGGUAGCGGAAACCGAUCGUCGAGACCGCGGAACGACGCAAGAGAUGAGAAUUUCCGCCAAAAGUUGUUCGAGGCUACGACCGAAGUGCGGUCGCAGUACGUUCCGUACGGAAAUAUUCCGCGGGUCGAGUCGGUCAAAAUGCCGGCCCACUUGCAGCUCGAGGGUAGCAUCGACUUGCAGCCCGAGUAUCGGAACGCCUACUGCACCCAAAGGAAUCACCACUUGCCGACGGGAGAGCCCAGGAUGCAUCGCAGACGCGAAAGAAGCUCCAGCGAGUCGAGGCGUAGGGACAAUUAUUGGACCAACAAUAACAACACCGAGAAUUUCGGCCGUCCGAAUCCCGGAGACGACCAAGACGCCUUCCAGGUAUUGCAGACGAGGGUCCAUGAGGACAGCCUCGUUGGAAAACCACCGUCUGGCAGUCGGAGAGGAUCGUUGGGCCUGCAGCGUCCGACGACGCACGUCGAAGCGACGGAUCCGUCGGUCCUGCGACGACGCUCGCCGAGUCCUACGUACCGGCUGCACGUCUGUAACGUGGACGACGAGCCGCGUGGUUUUGGCCGCAACAGACAUCCAGGUCCUGGAGUAGUUCCAGCGGAGGUUUUACCGUCAGAGAAUGAAAGUAUAAUCUACAACCCUAAGAGUCAGAGGCCUUACUCGCCGAGCUUUGGGAGGGAGGAUCCCAAGUCUUUCGUUGUCCUGCAGGACAACGAUUCGGCACAGGCGAACCGCGACCCGGUUACUUCUCGCGGGCGAAGUCGCGCCACUUGGAAACCGAACAUUGAUAAAAUUCCUGGAAAUGUAUUGGGCAGGGAAUUAAUCGGAGGCAGCAGUAGGACGCCUAAAAGUUGGAUGCGCCCCUGGUACGACAACGCUGGCAACUGAGAAGUUCCAAGACAAGAUAAUUUAAUGAACUGCGUUUUCAGGCCAGAUUUCUAUCACCGAUAUCCGUAGAAAAUAGGUAUAUUCAUACGAGGCUAAGGCGGAUCCGUAUUUUUGCUCUCUAAAAGACGGGGAGAACGUCGAGGUAAAAUAAAUAUAAGAGAGAGAACAACGACAACGCGCUUGUAUUAGAGAUUUUAGAAGCAAAUUUACACAUGAUAAAGUAAUCGUUGUUUUAUAUAAUAUAUAUACCAAUAAAGUGUAGUGAAUAUGUAUAAUUCAAAUGCAGGGUACGUAUACCUGUAUUCAAAGGAUAAUUAAGAUUCCAGAUUUUCUAAUCAAUUUACGCGCAACAUUAUACACAUUUCAAAUUCCUUCCAUAGGUACGUAUAAUAUAGUAGUAUAAUGAUAGACUUGUAUAAUUUGUUAUAGUCGCUGAUAUUUUAUGAAGAUGUGUUUAUACGCCGAUUUGAAAUUUAAAGCAAAAGAAACGGACAAAAAAAACCUUGAAAGAAGCUGCGAAAUCAAGAUUAUAAACA